ACGAGCCAUUCCGGUCAGGCCCCCCGCGACAGCUCGGUACAUUGCGGCGCAUAGAGCAAGAAAUGCAGCUUGUGCAAACUCCGAGUCUCCUCAAUUUCCCGUCCAUCCUCCGACCUCCAUCUCCCUCAAAUUGAACACACUCCCAUCCUCCCAUUGAAGCGUGAACGGACCGACAUAUCCUGCCUGCUCACUGAGAUAGGCAACCACAAGUGCGGAGACAGUGGAAGAAAGUGUGCUCCAUGUGCCAAGACUAUGACUGAGGCACAACCCAAGCGUCAGCGUCGGAGGCCAGCUGUGUCAUGCACUCUUUGCAGAAGGCGCAAGCAAAGGUGCAAUCGAGAACUGCCGUGCAACAAUUGUGUGCGUGCCAACAGGGAGGAUUGUGUCUAUGAAGACUACCCUCCAUUACGUACAAGCACCGAGCCUUGUGUUUCGGAAGACCCUCCUCUCCAACCUCAACCACAAUCUUCCAAAUCGAGUUUCGUGAAUACCUCAACGUUCUACGAAGACGACUCCAACAUAAGCAUAAGAUCGCCCGUCGCCUCAGGACCUUACUCUUUCACAACUCUUCCGGGCUCAUCGAACUCGCGGACUCCCGGCAGCGAGCCAUCUGCUGCGAGUAUCGCCAUCACAACUGUCCAAAAUGGCAGGGCUGGACUUAGCCGUGUUCCCGGGACGCUGUCUGUGGUGAAUGAAGACUACGAGACGGGUCCUGCAACGUCAGGUGCAGCUGAGCUCUGUCACAGGAAGGACCAAGACGAUUUCUUUGGUCGACCCCAGAUUCGGGGACGCCUCGUCAUCCAUAAGUCGCGUCUCUUCGGUCAAAGCCAUUGGAUGAACGGGUGUGACAGCUUUCGAGACAUUUUUGACCUGUUCGAAUCCUACUUGCGAACAAACCCGUCCAAUGUGCUCAUGAAAAUGGAGACCUGCAAGACUCUGGGAAGAUCAAUCAAGUCAAACAGUGUUCCAGCAUGGCCUACCACCCCCACAAUGGAUUUACCUCCGAAGGAGCUUGCGGACAAGCUGCUGGAUUGUUAUCUCAAUACCUAUGAAACGGUCUACCGGGUUCUGCACGUUCCUACCUUUAGAAAAGCAUAUGAGGCGCUCUGGAUGCCUGGUGUCCGGCCGGACAUGUCGUUCCUCGUGCAGGUAAAGCUGGUGCUUGCUCUUGGGGUAGAAGCCGCCGAUGGUGACACCUCUUUACGGGACAGCGCUGUCAGGUGGGUCUGCGAAGGUCAGACUUGGUUCUCUGCACCUGCAUUCAAGUCACACCUGACCCUUCAAUCCCUGCAGACCAAAACACUUCUUUUACUUGCCCGCGAAAAAUCAAGCGUCGGAGCCGAUUUGGUCUGGAUAUCUGCCGGAUCGCUCUUGAGGACCGCGGUGUACAUGGGUCUGCACAGAGAUCCGGAGGACCUGCCCAAGAAGUCGCUCUUCGCAACUGAGAUGCGCCGUAGAGUGUGGAAUACAAUUUUGGAGGUUGCCUUGCAAUCGAGUAUGACCUCGGGGGCGCCACCACUGAUUUCUCUGGACGACUUUAACACCAGGAUGCCAGGCAAUUUUGACGAUGAACAACUGAUGAGUACGGACACCGGACCAAAGCCGGACCACACCUUCACCCAAGUGUCCGUCGCCAGAGCUCUUCGCAAGACAUUUCCUAUACGCCUUGCUGUUGUCAAGUACUUGAACGACCUUCACACUCACUCUCGGUACGAAGCGAUGCUUCCACUGGAUGAAGAGCUGAGAGCGGCAUAUAAGGGCGUGUGUCGAGCUCUGCAGCAAGCCAGCAAACAGCCUGGUGGCCCGGGUUUCCAGUUUGCCUUUCGGAUGGUCGACUUACUCAUGUUACGCUACAUCUCGAGUCUCCACAUUCCCUGGUACGAAAAUUCGAUCAAAGACAAGACCUUUGAGUUCUCCCGGAGAACCCUGAUCGACACCCUGCUCAAGAUCUGGUAUAGUCUAUUUCAGCCUUCUUCAGCUCUAUUAGGUCUGGCCAACAGUGGAGAAAACUCCGCGGAUCCGGACUGUCUGCAGCGUCUUGUCGUGGGGAGAGGGUGUAUAUUCCAGGCCGCAAUCAUUGUUGCGGCCGAAGCUCGAGCACAGCUGCAAGAACAGGAAAGCUUGACCACCGUACGACCAGACCUCCUCGCCAUUAUCUUCGACACGAAGAAAAUGUGCUUGGAAAGCAUUAAGGACGGCGAGACAAACAUCAAGGGCUAUUUAUUCUCAUCCAUGAUCUGCACACUACUGAAAAUGAUCAUGCGAGGAGUCAACGAGGAGGACCAUGCAGCGUUACUUGUCAAGGCUGCGGAAGAGGCUAUGGACACGGUGCUGCCUAUACUUGAGGAGAAGGCAGCCCAGGCACGGAGCCAGGACGAGGCAGAUCCUCUGGACCCGUUUUCGUUGAUCACACCGGCCGACUUUGGGGAGGAGUGGGACUUUAUGAUGCCCGAUGCACAAUUUGGUCUGGAUGAUCUCGGGCCAAUGAGUGGGAUGUUCAAUGACGGGAGUAUGCAGCAGCCAUGGUAAUUGUGAGAGUAACUGAACAUAUCGUCUCUUCCUGUCGACAUAAAGUACUACAGACACCGCGCAGAUACUCGGUGUGCAUGGCUGGUACGCUUGCAGGCGGCCUUUCCUACGAUAAGAUACUCUCAUCGUACCUCGGCGUGCUCCGGUACUUUCUUGCAAAUCACUCCAUGUGACGUCACAUGGUUUACGUACUUUUCCAAGCCGAUCUUGAACAGGCACCGAUUUACU